UUUAAUGCAUUAGGUGCACAGUUCUGAGUGAAAAGUAUAGCUUGGUUGGCUACAGAGUCUUUUAGAAGAGUAGCUUGGUUUUGUUUAUCUGCCCUGCUAAUAAACUAGUACCGAACCUACCAGUAAAAAAAUAAAUAUCCGUAUAAAUUUUCAUUUUUCACCAAUAUUACAGCUUUUACUCCUAUGUGUCUUCGUGUUUCGGGCUGUGUGUGUUUACCAGAGGCUCUGUUUAGUCUGUAAGAGUCUAUUCUAGACGGUUAGCUUAGCAUAGCGUACGCUGAGGCGAAUACAGAGAGCAGCGUCAGUUUCCGCUGGAUAGGUGACGUGUUUCCGGUUAAAUUGAGCAGAGUAAACACUGCGGAGCGAGUGUUUACUACAGAUACCGUGUUUACAAUAGCGACAGAUUUCACUACAAAUACACAGUUCACUACAAUUACAAUUCACUGUAGAUAUAGAGUUCACUACAGCUACAGAGUUUAAUACAUAGUUUACUGCAUCUUUGCACUAUUUCCACGGUUUUCUUUCUUCAACAUCUCACGAAUAAAAAAAGCAGAGGUAUCGGUUGUGAAACGAUCCAAAGCUCAACAGGCUUCAGACUCUUUUUCGAGGAAUAAUCCUUCAAUUUCGAGAAAUUAAGAUACUCCAAUUCUUCUUUCCUGCUUGGCUUUUCUACCUGUGCAAACAACUAAGAGAUUUCCCAAUGAUCAGUGUUUAACUGCUCCAGUAAGUUAGGCCCAGGCCACUCAGAUCUCCACACAUCUCCAGUACCUGCAAACGUUAUUGGAUAUAUUUAACAAUGAAGCCAAGUCCACUCAGGGAGAAAAAUCACCACUGUUUAGAGUGUGGAAGGAAUUUCACUGCACGGCAAGAUCUCAUCAUACACCAGCGCAUUCACACAGGAGAAAAACCGUAUCCCUGCUCAGACUGUGGGAAGAGUUUUAGUCAUCAGAGUAAUUUCAAAAGACACCAGCGCAUUCACACAGAAGACAAUAAGUAUCAUUGCCCAGACUGCGGGACGAGCUUCACUAGAAUGCGUAGUUUCAUGAAACAUCAGCGCAUUCACACUGGAGAAAAAAAGUAUCACUGCCCAGACUGCGGGAAGAAUUUUAGUAAACAGAAUAAUCUCAACACACAUCGGCUCAUUCAUACAGGACGAAAACAAUAUAACUGCCCAGACUGUGAGAAAGCCUUUACUACACAGAGUAAUCUCAACACACACCAGCGCAAUCAUACAGGAGAAAAACCGUAUCAGUGCUCAGACUGUGGGAGGAGAUUUACUACGCGUAGUCUUCUUAACAUACAUCGGCGCAUUCACACAGGAGAAAAAAAGUAUAACUGUUCAGACUGUGGGAGGAGUUUUACUCAACAGGGUAGUCUCAAAAAACACCAGCGCGUUCACACUGGAGAGAGACCAUAUCACUGCUCAGACUGUGGGAAGAGUUUUUUUACAGCAAACUAUCUCAACAUACACCAGCGCAUUCACAAUGGAGAAAGACCAUUUUACUGCUCAGACUGUGGGAAGAGUUUUAUUACAAAACAUUAUUUCAACAUACACCGGCGCAUUCACACAGGAGAACAACCGUAUUUCUGUUCAGAUUGUGGGAAGAAAUUUAAUGACCUAGGAAAUCUACGACGACACCAAAACAUUCACACUAGAGAGAAUAUUUAUGACUGUCGAGACUGUGGGAAGAGUUUUGCUACACAUAGGCUUUUCUUCACACACCAGCGCAUCCACACUGGAGAGAAAUCGUAUCAGUGCCCAGACUGUGGGGAGAGCUUUAUUAGACUAGGUUCUGUCAUUACACACCGGCUAACUCACAUAAAGAAGGAAGGGCUCCACGACUCAGAGGGUGAGACUAGCUCUAGACAUUCAGAUACAUUAGAUAACACUCCUUCAACCAUACCAAGCCUCAAUACAGAUAUUAAAGUAGAGUAAAGUGGCAUCUGAAGACAAACACAAAAGUCUUCCCUUUGGCUGUGUCACAGUAAUACAGUGCCGAGGAGACUGGUUGAAGUUUAUGGUUCUGCCGGGGACUGAUGUUCUACUAAAGGACGUUAUUAGAACACUUUUGCUGUUUUGGAAUAAACUAAGAAAGAAAAUGAAGUGAGAUUGGUUAGAAGUAUGACAUUCUGAAGUAUGAACAUCUUUGAUUGUAAUAUAGCAAAAGUAUUAUCAUAAUGAUAUUUUCUCUUUACAUGUAGUUCACAUGAAUGAUUUUAUUGCUUAGAUUAAGUCUUUUCUAAGUCUCUGCAUUGUAAUUGUGUUAACAUGUUCAUAUCAAGGCAUUUACUUUUUUCCUUAUGUUUUCCUUUCGUUUCCUUGUAUGUAUGUGGAAUGCUCAUUUUAAUGGCUAGUUGUCCAGACAGAGAUUAAUUAAGCCUAGUAUUAGACACCAUAUUAAAUAGAGAUUUUUUACUGAAAGAAAAACAAAUAGUCCAGGACUAUUGAUUGUGUACAAGUUGAAAAGCAUCUGGCUAUGAUAAUGAUAAUUUGUUAGUGUUUGUAUGACAUGACAAAUGUAGAAUUAUGAGUGUGCAUAUUGAAAAUUGUUUAACUGAACACUGUAUAAAUAAAAUGUUGAAUGGUA